GCUCUCGCGAGGCUGGGGCAGCGCGCUGAUUGGCUGCAGGGGGUUGAAUGUAAGAUGGCGCCCAGGGAGCUGUGAGGGGAAAAGACUCGGGGCCGAGGCAGCGGCGGCGACAGGGCCGGGAACGUUACAAGUCUAAGAGCUCAGGACAAGAGCAGCAGAAAUACAUGCAACAUGGUGACUGGAACCCUGAGGACCUUGCAAUAUGAAUAAUUCUCUGGAGAACACCAUUUCCUUUGAAGAAUACAUCCGUGUGAAGGCGCGAACGAUCCCCCAGCACAGGAUGAAGGAGUUUCUAGACUCCCUUGCUUCCAAGGGGCCAGAAGCUCUCCAGGAGUUUCAGCAGACAGCCACCACCACAAUGGUGUAUCAGCAGGGUGGCAACUGCAUUUACACGGACAGCACAGAGGUGGCUGGGUCUUUGCUUGAACUUGCUUGUCCUGUGACAACCAGUAUCCAGCAGCAAACUCAGCCAGAGCAGCAGAUACAGGUUCAGCAACCCCAGCAAGUCCAGGUUCAGGUCCAGGUCCAGCAGUCACCACAGCAGGUCUCCGCCCAGCAGCUCUCUCCACAGCUCUCUGUCCAUCAGGCUUCGGAGCAGCCAAUACAGGUCCAAGUGCAGAUCCAAGGCCAGGCACAGCAGCAGGCAUCCCAGACAAUACAGAGUCAGUCUCUUCAGAGCCCCAGCCCCUCGCAGCUGCAGGCAGCUCAGAUCCAAGUGCAGCAUGUGCAGACUGCCCAACAGAUCCAGGCUGCAGAGCUACAGGAGGAGCACAUACAACACCAGCAGAUCCAGGCCCAGCUUGUGGCAGGACAGGCCAUUACUGGUGGCCAGCAGAUCCAGAUCCAGACAGUCGGGGCACUGUCACCCCCACCUUCUCAGCAAGGCUCCCCACGGGAGGGAGAGAGGCGGAUCAGCUCUGCGAGCGUCCUUCAGCCAGUGAAGAAACGUAAAGUGGAUAUGCCUAUUACUGUAUCAUAUGCUAUUUCAGGGCAGCCAGUUGCCACAGUGCUGGCCAUUCCUCAGGGCCAGCAGCAAAGUUAUGUCUCUUUACGGCCAGACUUGUUAACAGUGGACAGUGCCCACCUGUACAGUGCCACUGGGACCAUUACUAGCCCCACUGGAGAGACGUGGACCAUCCCUGUUUACUCCGCUCAGCCGCGUGGUGACCUUCAGCAGCAAAACAUAACCCACAUUGCCAUCCCUCAGGAGGCCUACAAUGCCGUCCACGUCAGUGGCUCGCCCACAACACUGGCUACAGUGAAGCUGGAAGAUGACAAGGAUAAGAUGGUGGGAAGUACUUCAGUAGUGAAGAACUCUCAUGAGGAAGUGGUGCAGACUCUUGCUAAUUCGAUCUUUCCAGCACAGUUUAUGAAUGGCAACAUCCACAUUCCAGUGGCAGUGCAGGCUGUGGCAGGGACAUACCAGAAUACAGCACAGACGGUGCACAUAUGGGACCCACAGCAGCAGCAGCAGCAGCCCACACCCCAAGAGCAGGGGCAGCAGCAGCAGCUACAAGUCACUUGCUCAGCUCAAACUGUUCAGGUUGCUGAAGUUGAACCACAGCCGCAGCCACAGACUUCACCUGAACUUCUACUUCCAAACUCUCUGAAGCCAGAAGAAGGUCUUGAAGUGUGGAAAAGCUGGGCACAGACCAAGAAUGCAGAGCUGGAAAAAGAAGCCCAAAAUAGACUAGCACCUAUUGGAAGGCGUCAGCUGCUGAGGUUCCAGGAAGAUCUCAUCUCUUCAGCUGUGGCUGAGCUGAAUUAUGGUCUGUGCUUAAUGACACGAGAAGCUCGGAAUGGUGAUGGUGAACCCUAUGAUCCAGAUGUGCUCUACUAUAUCUUCCUGUGUAUUCAGAAGUAUCUCUUUGAAAAUGGCCGAGUGGAUGACAUCUUCUCAGAUCUCUACUAUAUUCGGUUCACUGAAUGGCUGCAUGAAGUUCUUAAGGACAUACAGCCCCGUGUUUCACCUCUUGGUUACAUCCUCUCCAGUCAUGUAACAGAAGAGAUGCUGUGGGAGUGUAAGCAGCUUGGAGCUCACUCCCCUUCCACCUUGCUCACUACACUGAUGUUUUUUAAUACAAAAUACUUCCUGUUGAAAACAGUAGACCAGCACAUGAAGCUGGCCUUCUCCAAGGUGCUGAGGCAGACCAAGAAGAACCCGUCUAAUCCCAAGGAUAAAAGCACGAGUAUCCGCUACAUGAAGGCUCCAGGCAUGCACCAGACAGGACAGAAAGUUACAGAUGACAUGUAUGCAGAGCAGACCGAGAAUCCAGAGAACCCCCUGAGGUGUCCGAUAAAGCUCUAUGACUUCUACCUCUUCAAAUGCCCCCAGAGUGUGAAAGGCCGGAAUGACACAUUUUACUUGACACCGGAGCCAGUGGUGGCCCCCAACAGCCCUAUCUGGUAUUCCAUCCAGCCGAUCAGCAGAGAGCAGAUGGAGCAGAUGCUCACCCGGAUCCUGGUCAUCCGAGAGAUUCAGGAAGCUCUUGCGGUGGCUAAUGCCAGCACCAUGCACUAAGGCAUCCUUCGUGGCUCAGAUGGGGUGGGCAGGGUGAUGGGGGAGGGACAAGCAAAGAGAAAUUGUACAGACUUUUACACUAAAGGAGAUGCCUAAGUUUUUGGUUUUUUAUUGGUGUAGUUAUGAAGCCCUUUUAGGCUUCUUCUCUUUAAAAGAAUCUAAAGGAAAACCUACCCAUUGUGUAUCCUACCCAACACACCAAACUGUUGGAACCAUUGGAGGCUGCAUAUCCCCUGCGAGCUGGGAGCUGUGGAAAGCUGCUGGUUGACUCUGGGUUUUUUUUUUAUGAUGUAGAAAACAUGAACUACAGGAUUGGCCUGGUUGGCUGGGGCCUCUGUCUCCUUGGAGCACGUGCAGCCUAGAGGGCACAGAAUGAUGGAUGGACCUGCUCAGCCAGUGGAGGAGAGGCAGGCAUCUUCUUUUCUUGUGCUUGGACGUUAAUUUGCUGUUAUCUUGGAAGAAAGAGGAGAGAGUGAACUGCAAUUAUGAUUUAUACAAAAAAAAAAAACCAAACCAACAAUUUCUAUUCAGACCUUUAAGUGACAUUUUUAGAUGUUAAAAGUACAAACUUUACCACACUCUUCUUUUUUGGCCUAACAUUGAGGCCUUAAAGCUUGAGGCUUCUGUGCCUGAUGGAAUUCUUGUAACAUACACUUGUGUAUCAUAUAAAGAUACCACCCUGUUUCUCUUAUGUAUUCUUACUCUAGUUGUUUAUUAAGAAUGACGAGCACGUCUUUUCAACAUGCCAUUGAACAAUGUGUCUUUAUUUGGGGAAGAGUGAGCUGUGAGGGUGGGGGGGUCAUUAUACAAGGAUCAGUAUGCAAACUGGUUGUUUUCAUCCCUGUUCAUGCUUUCCAGCUCAACUCUGCUGGAUUUCUUUCACCCCUACAACUUAUGAAGGUAGAAGGGCAUACACUUCUGUUGAAGGACCUGAAUGUCUGCUUGCUGAUGGAAGCUCAGUGCCAGGCUAGGAACAUGGGAUCUGUGAGACCAGAUCAGACUGUCCUAAUGCUCUGUGGCUUUACCCCUAGGCAAAUCCCCCUCUUUCCACCUUUUCAAAUGCAUCACAACAACAGCAUGAUGGAGGGGUAGUGGAGAGAAAAGACCUUCCAGGAGCAGCAUAUGGCUUACUCCUGCUGUUUAACAGCCUUUUCACAGUUUUUAACACAGCUGUGUAGCUUUUGGCAUUGUUCAUGAUCAUAAUCCCCAGCCCUGUAGCCUUGCCUUGCUGCAUCUGAAAUGGUUGCUGUAUUUUAUAUCAUUAACAAAUAGUCUGUUCUUUUGAAGCCAGCAGGUAGCCAACUGUGCUUGAAAUGGGAGAUCACUUGCCAGGCUUGUUACUUGUGCCACCAGCUUCUUGGAUGCAGAGAAAUUACUCUGCUUCUUGAACUUGUCUUCCCUGCUUCUCCACCUCAUGUCCCUUCCCUGUUCCAAAAUACACAGAUAAAUACUUAGAUAUAUAUUAAGUAAAAGAACUUAAACUUGUGUACAGGCAAGCAACUUUCCUGAAGCCUCUGUUGUCCAGCACCUAUUUGUAUUGAGAAGGAAGGUCUGCCCUCUCUGUUGGUUGUGCAAGAGUGUAAAUUGAUGAGAGUAGCCAGUGUUCCCUGUCUUUGUGCUUGUGAGCAGUGUUGAGGUGUGCAGCUUAGAGAGACUUCCCAAGCCCCUGAUGCUUCACAUUGAUGUUGGUGUUCCUGAGAAAGCAGGAGUGCUUGAGUUGGUGUCAAUAUGAGCAGUUUGUUCCCUCUACAGGGCUCUGUGCUCAAGUAGGUGUGUGCAGAGGUGAAGUAGCAAUGCACUGUUGUUUUGUUUUAGACUCUUAGCUCAGUGUCUGCCCUCAGAACUAGGCCAGAGGAAGGCAGCCUGGGAUCACUGCCCAGACCCCAGUGGGUGAGCUGGGAAGAUGGUGCUUAGGGUGGGUGCACUGCUGGCAGCAAGUACUGUGACCUCAGUUUGUCUGCUGGGAGCCAGCAGUUGCCCCGUUGCAGGGUGGCUCUGGGGAUCACCAGUACUGCUUCAGCUGUCAGAAACCUCUAAUCCUUUCACCAUGUCAUAGUGACUGGCAUGUCCAUCUUUGGUCCUGUUUUAAGUCUUUGAAGACAUGGAUGGGGCAGGCUCCACUAUUCCAAGCAGUUGCAUGUGCCUGCUGCACAGGGUGUGCCCAACAGGCAUGCAGAGAGUGGCUUUCCCUUUCUUUUGGGCAGUUUGUCCCAUCAUCAGAGCAGAGUUGGAAAGCCUGCUGCCUUGGCUGCCUCCAUCAGAAAUACAGUGGAUAUUAAACAAUCUGCCAGAUACACACUGUACCAGUUGUUUUACUGGGCAGCCUUGAGAGUCAGCUCUUAACACUACACAUUGACAGGAACUUCAGCUGAGCUUUCUGGGGAAACAAAAUUCCAUGUUACCUUAAAAUUCUAGAUUGUGCACUUUCCUUACUACUCUUAACUGCAAGAUGAUCUCAAGUCUUUUUAGGGGGAAGAGUUCUCCUUGGAGGAUACUGAUUAAGAACAGGGAAACUAGGCACAUGGUGAGCUGUGGAGAUCUCCUGAUGAUUGAUGGACUGGAGCAUUUCCAUUUCUUUCUCAUUGUCCUCAUGUACAUAGGAGGGGAUCUGCUGAUGCAGAAGUGGACUGCUGCACUGUUCUGUACUGUCUCAUCAGAAUGUCCACUGUGUUCACUUCAUUCCCUAUUUUUAGAGACAAUCGAUAUACUGUGACUUAAGGAUUAUUUUCCUGGAUCUGGCUUCUAGUCUGUCCCUCUGGAGCUAGUUUAAAAGGUACAGUAUUUCUAGAAUAUAAAUACUAUGUUCUUUGAUAGUGAAGAACAUGAUCUGCUCCCUUGUAGGGGCUCGUAGGAAGACGUGCACAGAGUAGCACAGAAGAUUGCUGUGGCUUAGGGUUGCUGUCCACAUUCUGGGAAAUGUUCCCAGUCAAACAUGUAAAAUAGCUUUUUAACACUUUCCUAUAACCAGCUUGACUGCUGCUUUAAGGGCAUUCCCCCUUGGCUCUGAGAGUGCCAAACUGCUUGUACUGCUCUUGUAUGCGUGUAUAUAUUGACAGGAACUCUCUGUGCCCUAUGCCUUGUACGAGACAGGCUCAGAAUGCAUCAAUCUCUAAAUAAAUAAGCUGAGAAGUCAA